GCACCGUUCCCCGUAACCGCUCUGCAGUUCGUGUAAUUUUCGUCAUGGCGGGGUAAGCCAAAAAGUUCUAGCCCUAAUUUCUGCUUUCAGACCUCGCUCUUCUUCUUCCUCUUCCUCCUCCGCAUGCCAUCUCGCGGCCGCAGACCCCUCUCGCUGCGCCUAUAUAAACCCCCGUUCCGCACCUCUUGUUCGUCCCGUCUACUCUCCUGCACUCCCUCCAUCUUUCGUCCUCUUACCACCCUGCAAAAACGCACAAUGAGCGAACUCACCCACCCCACUAUCAAAGAUGGCUGGUUCUCGGAGGUUUCCGAUAUGUGGCCAGGCCAGGCAUUGACCUUGAAAGUCAAUCAGAUUCUUCACCAUGAGAAAUCCAAAUACCAAGAUGUCCUGGUAUUCGAGAGCAGCGACCACGGCACUGUCCUUGUGCUGGAUAAUGUCAUCCAAUGCACAGAGCGUGAUGAAUUCUCAUACCAAGAGAUGAUCACGCAUCUCGCCAUGAACUCCCACCCCAACCCCAAAAAAGUGCUCGUCAUCGGUGGAGGUGACGGAGGUGUCCUGCGCGAAGUUGUCAAGCAUGAGAGCGUCGAGGAGGCUGUGCUCUGUGACAUCGAUGAGGCCGUCAUCCGCGUCUCCAAAAAAUACCUCCCCGGAAUGAGCGUUGGCUUCCAACAUCCCAACGUAACGGUUCAUGUGGCCGACGGGUUCAAGUUCCUCGCAGAUCGCAAGAACGAAUUCGAUGUCAUCAUCACCGACAGCUCCGACCCAGAGGGUCCUGCGGAGGCUCUGUUCCAGAAACCAUACUUCGAGCUGCUGUUCAACGCGCUGCGUGAAGGCGGUGUCGUUACCACUCAAGCCGAAAACCAAUGGCUCCACCUCUCUCUCAUCACAGACCUGAAGCGAAGCAUCCGCGAGAUCUUCCCCGUGGUCGAGUAUGCCUACACGACGAUCCCUACCUACCCGUCCGGCCAGAUCGGGUUCAUGGUCUGCUGCAAGGACAAGGACCGGGACGUGCGCGAGCCCGUGCGCAGCUGGACGCGUGAGGAGGAGGAGAAGCUGUGCCGCUAUUAUAACAAGGAGAUCCACCGGGCGAGCUUUGUGUUGCCGAAUUUCGCGAGGAAGGCGUUGGAUGUGUAAAGGAGGGCGAGGGCAGGUUUCUUUUUUAAGAUGUUGUUCUUUAAUUAAUGGGGGAUACACUUGUAGGGUGAGUAGGUGAGAUGUAAUACCUAGCGGGGGAUAUAGGCAAGGAAAUAUGAGGUGGGAGGGGCCGCAGUGAACUGGGCUUGGUACACAUACAUUUGAUUGCAAGGGGGAAUGAAUGCAUGGCGGAUACCAAGAGAGUCGAGAAAAAAAGAAAAUAAAUAAAAAGAAACAUGAAAAAGCCAGUCCACAAUAAUACAACUAAUGAGCGUUAGGAAUUCAUUUUCAAGAGGUUUUAUCCUAUCUUACCCUACCUAUCUUUGCUUAGUCGCCCGAUUUGAGGUUAGUUUAACCUAGGUAAUUAUGACCAAUACAUAAGACCGUGGUAAGGGUACAUUACAUAUAUUUCUCCAAAGCGACUACAAACCAUAUAUUCCGAAUAGAGCAAUCACAUCCGUAAGAUAUAAAUAGCAAUAAAU